UUCAUGCUCCUGCUGCUGCACAAGCACACAGGCGUGUGCUCGGCGACCUGCUACAGCGGCGGCACGCGGCCUCCUACAGUUCAAUCCCAGAGGAGCAGGAGCGGCUGGAGCUCAGCGUCUGACCAGGAGGACGUUCGAAGCCGCCCGCGGGGGGGUCGGCGUGCCGUGAAGCUGCUUCUGCCUGACAGCAUGUUCACCUCCACACCAAACAAGCCCACCAUCACUGACCGGGACCAGAACAGGGAGUGUGCACGUGUGUGCGUGCACGAGGAGCUCUGAAAACUGAAAAUUACUCAGAUGAUUAAUUUAGCUGUCCGCAGUGGAAAGUGAGGUGUGCUUUCUUAACGGCUCGGCUUCACUUUCACACAUUUUCCUUCAACAUUUUCUGGGAGUCGUGCUCCUCCACUCCUCCUUUGUUUCUUCACUUUCACUACUUUUUCUGACACUUCGGCAUCACUUUUCUUCUACUUGUCUUUCAUGUUUCUUUCACUCUUCUCUCCAUUUUUCCUUCAUGUUUCCUUCACCUUUUCUAUCACUUUUCUAUCACUUUUCCCUCUGCAGGACAAACGUUCAGAACUUCUGUGGUUGUUGUUGCAAACUCAAAGGAACCCAAACCCGGUCGGAGUCCGACAUGUGGACAUGCAGAACCUGCGUUGGAGGAAUCCUCAUGAGUGAGCAGAACAUGUAAACGUUAGAUUUGAGUCCAUUUAGAACCAGAUUCGAUUCAUUUGAAGGGUGGAGACGUUUUGGAGACGUUGAAACUUUGAAAAGUUUUGUUUCAUAAGCAGCGGUUCAGGUUCGGUUCGGGUUGGGGGGAGGGGUACUGGAUCCAGUUUGCUGCUCAUUUGGAAACGAGAUGAGCGACAGAAUUCAGAAGCUGUUUGCCCCCCACCCCCCGCAGGUUUCUGGGAUGCUGUCUCCCCCUGUUGACCAGAGGCUGUAACUGCAGCUGUUUCUGAAGAACUUGAUCCUCCUGAGUUUCAGGAUUUUUUUUUAACUUUUUUCAUUUUGAAAGUUUGAAAAAAACUCUCUAUUUUUAUAAAAUGUCUAGUAUACACCAAGCCUGGACGGCGGUAUGCGCGCGCGCCAAUGACUUAAAUGUGUGCGUUUUUUGGACGAGAAAAGGAGGGAUCAGAUUCCGUCGCUUCUGCGUCACCCGCCGCCGUCCAAUCAGCUCGGGGCUUUCCUCCCCACUCAGACUCAUAAAGGCAAAACCUCCGCCGCUCCACGCACAUGAGCGCGCGCAGGACUGUACGCGGGAGCCGUUCAAAGUACUGGGACCAGAGCCGAACUCGGACCGAGCUGCGGGUUUUACGCGCCGCUCUGGAGGAUCAUCUUCGUUCUGUUCUGCAGGAGAACAGCUGCUGCUUUGGCGCCAGUCAGAUAAGAAGCUCCUCGCGCCUCCUCCUCUUCAGCAACCUCCAUCAUUUCACGCGUAAUUUGGCACAGAUCCGCUUCUCGCAUGAAUCUCCUCGACCCCUACCUGAAGAUGACGGAGGAACAAGACAAGAGUCUCUCUGACGCCCCGAGCCCGAGCAUGUCCGAGGACUCUGCGGGAUCCCCGUCCAGCCCGUCCGGGUCAGGCUCCGACACCGAGAACACCCGGCCCCGGGAAAACGGGCUGAUGCGCGCGGACGGAGCUCUGGGCGACUUCAAGAAGGACGAGGACGACAAGUUCCCCGCGUGCAUCCGCGAGGCGGUGUCUCAGGUGCUGAAGGGCUACGACUGGACCCUCGUGCCGAUGCCGGUGCGCGUAAACGGAUCUACAAAGAACAAGCCGCACGUGAAGAGGCCGAUGAACGCCUUCAUGGUGUGGGCGCAGGCGGCGCGCAGGAAGCUCGCGGAUCAAUACCCGCACCUGCACAACGCGGAGCUCAGCAAAACUCUGGGGAAGCUGUGGAGACUCCUCAACGAGGGGGAGAAGCGGCCGUUCGUGGAGGAGGCGGAGCGGCUCCGCGUGCAGCAUAAGAAGGACCACCCGGACUACAAGUACCAGCCGCGGCGGAGGAAGUCCGUGAAGAGCGGGGGCAGCGAGGCGGAGGAGGGCGGGGAGCACCUCUCCACCAACGCCAUCUUCAAAGCGCUGCAGCAGGCCGACUCUCCCGCCUCCAGCAUGGGGGAGGUGCACUCCCCCGCGGAGCACUCAGGCUCACAGGGACCCCCCACCCCUCCCACCACCCCAAAGAUUGACAGCUCAGCAAAGAUGGACCUAAAGCGUGAGGGGGGGCUGCGCCCGCUGCCGGACGGCGCCCACGGACGCCAGCUCAACAUCGACUUCCGUGACGUGGACAUCAGCGAGCUGAGCAGUGACGUCAUUUCCCACAUCGAGACGUUCGACGUCAACGAAUUCGACCAGUACCUCCCCCCCAACGGGCACCCGGGCCCCGCCCCCGGGAGCACCGCCCCCGUCAACUACAGCGGCAGCUACAGCAUCAGCAGCGGGCCCCCCCUCAGCCCGCAGGCGGGCGGGGGUCCGGCCUGGAUGGCUAAAGGCCACAGUCAGCAGCAGCAGCACACCCUGACCCCCCUGGGGGCGGGCGGGGCCUCCGAGGCCGCUCAGCGCCGGACCCAGAUCAAGACGGAGCAGCUGAGUCCCAGCCACUACAGCGAGCAGCAGGGCUCCCCCCAGCACGCCGCCUACAGCCCCUUCAGCCUGCAGCACUACAGCCCCUCCUCCUCCUCGUACCCCCCCAUCUCCCGGGCGCAGCAGUACGAAUACCCCGACUCCCAGGGGGGGGCCUUCUACAGCCCCGCGGGGGCGGGGCAGGGCUCUGCGCUCUACUCGACGUUCAGCUACAUGAGCAGCCCCAGCCAGAGGCCCAUGUACACCCCCAUCGCCGACAGCGCCGGGGUGCCGGCCGUCCCCCAGAGCGGCCCGCAGCCCUGGGAGCAGGCGCCGGUCUACACGCAGCUGACCCGGCCCUGAGGGGGCGCCGACCCGGGCCGUGGGACAAACAUGACCCCGGCUCCAGUGGACUGAUCUGGGCCAUGGGGCAGUUCCAACGGGGGGGCCCUGGCUCAGCACUGGCCCAGGGGCCGUUGGGCGGCACUGGCCCGUGCUUAAGCUUCAGCCUUAACCUGGGGGCCCCGGGGCGGCACUGACCUUGGCUCCAGUGGACCGAUCCAGACUUCAGCGGACUGAUCCUGGCCCUGGGGCCAUGGGUCAGCACAGACCAGGACUCCAGUGGACUACCUGGGACCUGGGACAAACUGGACCCGGGGCUUGAGUCAUCAAAGUCCCGGUGGCCCCUGGGAUGGCACCGCCCCAGGUCCCAGAUCAGUCCGCUGGAGCCCAUGAUCCAGCAGACCGACCCGGGCUCCGGUGGACCGACCCGGGCUCUGGGUCAGCACUGACCUGGUCUCCAGUGGACCAGCUGACUAAGUGCCUUCUGUUGAACUUUGACAAAAACCAAAUCAUGUUCUUCUGGAGUUCCUGGAGCCUCUGUGAGGACUCUGUCUUUAGGAACGUUCUCAUGUUGCCUUCAUUUCCUGGGGGGGGUUCAGCUCUGGGGGGCAAUAUUUGUGACCCCCCCAGUCCUGCCUAAGCUGCAGCUUCACCAUUUGUGUCUUCCGUCCUUCAGGCAUUUCUCGGGACUCUUUGUGCCCCCUAGUGGUGGCGGCUGGAAAUGCACGUCUUUGACCUUUGACCUUUUCUUCCCUCAGAUCCUGUUCUAUUUAUUUAUUAGUGAUAACUUUAUUUCACAAUAAUUAUUAUGCGUACUAUUCGUGGUAUUAUUAUAUGCUCUCUUUUUGGGGCGUUAACAGAAAGCCCCGCCCCUUCCUUGAUCCAAUGGUAUUUGCUGUAAUCUCUUUUUUUAAUUUAUCGUUGGUAAAUGUUGGUAUGUUUGUGAGGUCGAAGGAAACGCGUUUGUUUCUGUGAAAUGUCUCCGUUGAACUGGAAAUCUGUCAGAGGAAACUCGGGGAGUCCAGAACCGGCCGUCCGUCCAUGUAACGGUUCCGCCGUCGCAGAACCUUUUGUAUCUCAAUUUGUAAUAAAAUGGAAAAGAACAGAA